AUGCUUCUCGAAUACAGUUGCAUCGCGCUCGUCAGUGCCCGACUGCCCGACCCGUCAAACCGACGUACCCUUCCCCCCUGCUGUCUGUGGUUGCGCUCCCCCACAAUGGCGACACUCAGCGCCACCACCUCCGAGCACGCCCCUCUGGAAGGUCUGGACCUUUCAAUCUCUUCCGCGAUCACUGCUUGGCUUCACGCCCUGGGUCUUAUCCCCUCCGCCGACGCCCCCCUCGAAGAGUGCGUGCAGGACUGCGUGCCGUUGUGCAAGCUCAUGUGCCGCUUCGCGCCCAACCAUUUCUCCAGGCGUGACUUCUUCAACACCUCCGGCCCCGUCUCUCCAACCACGAAGCGCCAGGGCCGGUACAACUCCCGCCGUCUAACGCGCGCCUUGGCUGAAUGGUACGGCCUCACAGUGCGCUCCUCCUCUCCAGGGCGCGAUUCUUCCGCGGGGACUAAGUCGUCAGCGCCACCGGUCCACUUGGCGCCCGCAUUGGCCGCUCAGAUCACCAUGUUCACAGAGACCGACGUUGGGCUGGAUAGCCCCAUGGAUUUACUCGCGGUAUCCGAAGUUGCGCUUUGCGCUGCCGUCCACUGUGCAGAGAACGAGGCUUUCAUCAAGGCUGUUAUUGGCCUGCCUAUGCCGCAACAGGACUUGCUACAGCUUUCGAUUAAGAGGACGUUCCAGGACCCGGAAACGAGAGACGAAAAGGUUUUGCGUUCGGUAUCCGUGAAUGAUGAGAAUAGAACCGAUUCCGCGACGCAGUAUGCGCAGCAGAUCGCCAAGGGAGACGCGCGCCUGACGGCCUCGGUGGGAAUUCCGCUCGCCGACUACAAGGCUCUGGCGGCGGAACGGGACGUGCUGAGGAAGAAGCUUGCUAACUCAGAGAAGGAACGUUCGAGAAUGGUUGAGGAUGUUACUGAUUUGAAGGGCAGGCUUGACGAGGCUGGUGACAAGGUCCUCGAGCUUGGUCAACUUUCACGACAAAAGGACAGUCAGCUGGAAGCAAAGACUGUAGCGCUUGUUAAUGCCCAAAACGAGCUUCGGCAGGUGCAUGUGGCUGCGGAAGAAGUUGACGUACUGAAGUCAAAGGCCGCCACGGUGGAACAGCUGCAGGCCAGUCUCCAAAGGGCGACCAAGCGACUUGAGGAGAAUGCUAAUUUGCGACACACUACCAGAGAGCUCGAGACGCAGCUCUCCGCCUUCCGGGAAAAUGAAGAGCGAAUUAACAAGCAUAAUGACUACAUCGAGUUGCAGUUGCGGACUGCCAACGAGCGGGUACAGCAAUUCGCUGUACUCUCAGAUAACCUCACUAAUAGCGUGGAGGACAAGGAAAGAGACAUUGCGCAACUGAAACGACAGAAGUCUGAGCUCAGCGACAGACUUGAGAUUGCUAACAAGCAGUUGGCAUCAAUGUUUGUGAGUUCAACAAAUGAUCUUGAUGAUUCAUCGCCGGAAACGACGCCGAAGAGUGCAGCGACAAGUAACAUGAGCGAUAGUGUGAAGACAGUCUUGAUGGAAUGCAGUAGGGCAACUCCUGUCUUUGACGAGAACGUCGUUUGUGAUCACCUGUUUGACGAAAUAGGAGUGAGGCUGACGUGGUCAGAUAUCGUAGAAUCCGUCAAGGGCAUCAUGGACGCAAUGAAAGAAAUGAAUGACCGUGAAGUCGGCGCUGUUGAGGAUGAUGAUGAAAGCCACCUCUUUUCGUCAAGUGGUGUGGACGCUUCUGAUGCUUCACUCGGAAGCCACCGCAGCGAAGUUGCGACGAAUAAUGGAAGCAAUUCAACCGACGUCGACAGCGGCAUAAGCGUGUUGCCUGCGUUCAGUGAACUUGAUUCUAAAUUGCUGGCAGCAAACUCUUAUGCUGGAGAUGAGUUUGACUUUGCCGCAAACCAAAUGAACGUGCAGGAAAUUGCGCUGGCUGUCAAACAGGAAGGGGGCAUGCGAGCCAUCCCUAGGCCGAGCGAAAAAACUGACACCUCUGAAGACACAAUGGACAGCUCUGGAUAUAGCACCGAAAACACAUCUGGAUACGAAAAUGCAAGAAACGAGAGUGGCAUGAGCUCCUCGCAGCAGCCCUCUGGCCCUGGAGCUCAAGGGGAUAAUUCAUCCAGACUUUCAAGCCUCGAUCCGAGCAAAGUGAACGCUGCCUUGCAAUGCUCAAUGUACCGCUCACUUCCGUCUAAUGGCAGAGCAACCAGUUUGACGAUUAGCGUAUUGGGAGGUUUGCGCAGGAAGCAGUCUCGAUCCGAAAAUACACGUACGCUGGUCCGCGAGGCGCGCUUGGAGUUGGACCGCCUGCAGAAGGCUAUCGAAAUGAUGCGCGCUGAACGGCAAGCUUCGUCUUCGAUUUCUACACUUGUGACAGAGCUCGACCGGGCAAGGAAGGAAUUGAUGGCGGCUCGUGAAGAACUCACCAAGAAAGAAGCCGAUAAUAAGCGUCUUCGUGACGAGUCUUCGGCCAUACUGAGGGAAAUGGACACUAUGGUGAGGACUCAGACAGAGAAAGAAAAGCGUGACACUACUCUCGUACAGGAGAAGGAGAGGUUGGUGCUUCAUCUCCAACAGACGUUGAAGGCUAAGACGGAAGAAGUGAAACAGCUGAAGGUUGAUAUUCAGUCUGCCAAGACCGAAAUCCACUCUCUGCAGCAAGCUGAGAGCAGCUUCUCCGAAAAGCUGCAAGCAAGUGCAGUCAUUGCGCGUGCGCAAGAAAUGGAAGUUGCUCGACUCAAUGCGAAGUUGGAAGCGAACGAGGCAUUGACGAAGCAACUGAACGCGAUCACAAGUAACACCGAAGGGCUCUCCACCAAGCUUUACAAGCAACGAGAGAGCCAUAUUGAAUCGCUUGCACGGCGCGAGAAGGAGCUCGCGCAAGAAGCACGGGACGAGGCCCUGCGACACACAUCAACGGUCGAUGUCAGCGAGGAAGAACAGUCGUUUUGGAGACUUUUGGAGAAAGCUUUUGCAUCUGAAUCGGACGACUUCUGA